AUGGAGGACGUGCCCUCGAGCCGCCCCAUCGACAUCCCCGACGCCAAGAAGCGCCCCAAGAAGAAGAAGCGCUGCCGGGCGACCGACAGCUUCUCGGGCCGCUUCGAAGACGUUUACCAGCUGCAGGAGGAGGUGCUGGGGGAGGGCGCGCACGCCCGCGUCCAGGCCUGCGUCAGCCUCAUCACCAACAAGGAGUACGCGGUGAAGAUCAUCGAGAAGCGCCUGGGACACAUCCGCAGCCGGGUCUUCCGCGAGGUGGAGAUGCUCUAUCAGUGCCAAGGACACAGGAACAUCCUGGAGCUGAUCGAGUUCUUCGAGGAGGAGGAGCGCUUCUACCUGGUCUUCGAGAAGAUGCGCGGAGGCUCCAUCCUGACGCACAUCCACCGGCGCCGCCACUUCAACGAGCUCGAGGCCAGCGUCGUGGUGCGGGAUAUCGCCAGCGCCCUCAACUUCUUGCACAACAAAGGAAUAGCGCACAGGGAUUUAAAACCGGAGAACAUCCUGUGCGAGAGCCCCGACCAGGUGUCCCCGGUGAAAAUCUGCGACUUUGACCUGGGCAGUGGCAUCAAGCUCAACAGCGACUGCUCGCCCAUCUCCACACCGGAGCUGCUCACACCGUGCGGCUCCGCCGAGUACAUGGCCCCGGAGGUGGUGGAGGCCUUCAACGAGGAGGCCUCCAUCUACGACAAGCGCUGCGACCUCUGGAGCCUGGGCGUCAUCCUCUACAUCAUGCUGAGCGGCUACCCGCCCUUCGUGGGCCGCUGCGGCUCCGACUGCGGCUGGGACCGCGGCGAGGCCUGUCCCACCUGCCAGAACAUGCUCUUCGAGAGCAUCCAGGAAGGGAAGUACGAGUUCCCCGACAAGGACUGGGCGCACAUUUCCCUCGCCGCCAAAGACCUCAUCUCCAAGCUGCUGGUGAGGGACGCCAAGCAGCGUCUCAGCGCAGCCCAGGUCCUGGAGCACCCCUGGGUGCAGGGGUGCGCCCCGGAUAACACCCUGCCCACUCCCAGCAUCCUGCAGAGGAACAGCAGUGCCAAAGAGCUCACCACCUUCGCUGCCGAGGCCAUGGCCGUCAACCGGCAGCUGACGCGGCGCGACGAGGACGCCGAGGAGGAGGAGGCGGCCGAGGCAGCCGCCCCCAUCGUCGUCAGAGCUACCUCACGGGCCAUGCAGCUCUCGCCGCCCUCCGAGUCCAAGCUGGCCAAGCGGCGCCAGAAGAGCAGCCUGGCCAAGGCGGUGGCCGCCGGCCAGUGCCUGGUGGCGCCACCGCUGGUGCUGGUGGCCGACCAGGCCUGAGCGCCGCGGUGCCGCGGGCUGUCCCCGUUCCCUCCCC